AUGCUAUUCUUCCUAUCAUUUUCGGCUGUGGCCAAUGCGCUGGCGUAUCCAUCCCAGGAACUUUUGGGAAUCUCUCCAUCUUCCAAUUUGAUUGAUGAACCCUCAGGGGGGCUGUCUUUGGAGGAUCUUAUCGCCGCCCUGCAGGUGAUGCAAGACAGGUACUUUGUGCUAUGGCAGGGCACGUGGCCUACCAGCAUCGAUUGGACCGCGGCAGUGUUGGGCACACACGUUUCGGCAGCGCUCUCGUCUCUAACCUCAGGUCCACUUGAUAUCCCCGACACGGAUGAACUGCAAGGAUUAUCCUUCUUCGGGCUUGAGAAUACAGUCAAUCGGUUUUUCAGCCAUACUUCCGCGUUCUACUUCGGCGAAAACUCUUUCAGCCUUAGAAACCAGGCGUACGAUGACAUGCUAUGGGUUGUGUUAGGGUGGUUGGAAAAUAUCAAGUUCCAAAAUCUUCACUCAGACCUUCACUAUGUCUCCUCAAAAAACAGUUCUGGGGAACUUUGGUACGGAACCCAGUUCCAGAGCUCUGCUGCGCACAGAGCACGCAUCUUUUACGAGCUCGCCUCCGCUGGUUGGGACAAAACCCUCUGUGAGGGCGGCAUGAUCUGGAGCCCAUAUUUGGCCCCGUACAAGAAUGCGAUUACAAACGAGCUCUAUAUCUCCGCAAGCAUCGAGAUGUACUUGUACUUCCCCGGAGACCCCAUUGAUGCCCCGUUCCUUGUCAACUCGGAGGGCACACAGCCCACACAGAAGAACCCACACAAUCCUCUUCAUCUGAAGGCUGCAAUUGACGGGUAUGAAUGGCUCAAGAAUUCAAAUAUGAGUGGAGUCGGCGGUCUUUAUGCAGAUGGUUUCCACAUCAGUGGCUGGCAAAGCGCAUCGAAUCCCGGCUCGGGACAAUGCGACGAGCUCAACUCUAUGGUCUACACCUACAAUCAAGGAGUCGUUCUCAGCGGGCUGAGGGGACUCUGGCUAGCCACAAACUCGCAAUUCUAUCUGCGUGACGGUCAUGAGCUUGUUCACAAAGUGCUACAGGCCACCGGGUGGCCACAUACCUCCAGCCAGCAGUGGAAGGGACUUGGUCGCGGGGGUGUGCUCGAGGACGCAUGUGAUUCUCGCGGAGUCUGCUCCCAGGAUGGACAGACCUUCAAAGGAAUAUUCUUCCACCACCUGUCCGGAUUCUGCCGGCCUCUUCAGCCGCAAGAGAAGCAGUUCCUGGCGGACGCGGUCCACAGACAUGUAGCAGAUGAGGACUGGACCGAAGUCUAUGAGCAGCAUAUGAAGCGGUGCUGCGCAUAUGGUCCCUGGAUUGAACACAAUGCGCAAGCCGCUCUGAUGACUCGUGACAGCGAUGGCAAGUUUGGUACCUGGUGGGGCCGCUCAUACCAUCACCUGGACGCCAACAAGAUCGUGGAUAGCAGCACUAUCCCGGAUGGUGCUGUUGAUUACCGCAAUGCCGAUUAUGACCCCAAGUCCUCGACUACAGGCUCCACGCCAAAGGACUACAACGAUCGUGGCCGAGGCCGCACAGUUGAAACACAGUCCGGCGGCAUCGCUGUGUUGAGAGCCUUGUACCAAUGGCAAUCUUAUGAUGCUUUGUGA